AUGUGGUCACCUCACGGUCACACACGACAAAAUACUAGUAGUCUUCCGCCUCCAGUUUACGCAGCGGCUGGAAAUCCUACUUCGCAUUGGUGGAACCAGACCUUCAUAACUGGGCCGGCUCGCUCUGUGGUCGCCUUCGCCUUGACGGAUUGCACAGACGACAUUAUUGAGCAGUUGGCCCCCAUGCUAGCACGCACUCCCGACGUAAAAAUCCAGCUGCGCACAGUUGAAGACAGUAAAAUGGACCAGAUUUACACCUUAUUCCGCCACAUCGAAUCAAGGGCCGGGGACACGGCCCUCGUCAGAGAAUUUCAAACCGCACUCUGGCUCCGCGCAAAGUCCGCGCGGUACAUUAUGCAUCCCGGCCUCCCGGCGCUAAUCCAGGCUGACCGCUAUCGCGACCACCAAUCAUCAUCAGCUCGUCGUGCCGAACAGGAGUUGCUGGAAGCCUCACCCUAUAGCACCACCUGGUUUCCCGAAACAUUCAACCCAGUAUACCCCCGUUCGGUCGUCCAAUUCGCCCUGAUCGACAGUGUUGGCGACAUCGUCAAGGACCUCGAACCUUUCCUCAUGCGAAACUACGCUGUCCGUGCACAGAUCCACGCGGCACGGAAAACUGUAGACCAAAUCAAUAUCCUCCUCAGCUGGCUGGACGCUCAACCCGGAAAUGCGGCCCUCAUUUCUGCUUUCCAAGGGGCUGUUUAUACUCAUUCCGGUAUAGAAUGGGCACUGAAUGCAAGACUCAUCGCACGACUUGGAAAAUGA